AUGGCGAAUUUCGCUCGCCCGGUCGCUUCGACCAUUGCUGGAGUUGACUUCAGUGUCUUCUCGGACCAGGAGAUCAAAGCUCUUUCGGUGAAAAGAAUUCACAAUACCCCAACCUUGGAUUCGUUCAACAACCCAGUUCCCGGUGGUCUUUAUGAUCCGGCACUCGGUGCAUGGGGAGACCAUGUAUGUUCUACGUGCCGUCUGAACUCAUGGUCUUGUACCGGUCAUCCCGGACACAUCGAGCUCCCUGUACCCGUCUACAAUGUCACCUUCUUCGACCAAAUCUACCGGCUUAUCCGCGCACAGUGUGUGUAUUGUCACCGCUUACAGAUGUCCCGCGCUCAGGUUAACUUGUACACCUGCAAGUUUCGCCUUUUGCAAUAUGGUCUCGUCGAUGAUCUGGCCGCAAUCGACAAGAUCGGAACAAAGGGAAUCAAAUCAAAAGACAACGACGAAUCCAAUGAUGACGAAGAGCCGGAUGAGGAAGACAUCAGGGAUAAGCGAACUGCUUUCGUCACUCGGCGCAUUAAGGAAGCUAAAAAGGCGGGCAACCUGGACGGGCUCAUGGCCGGUGCAAAGAAUCCGGUUGCUGCCGAGCACAGGCGAGAGCUGGUCAAGUCCUUCCUCAAGGACAUUGUUGGCGCUCGUAAAUGCGCUAACUGCAGCGGAAUUUCUCCAUCCUAUCGGAAAGACCGCUACAGCAAGAUCUUCCGAAAACAGUUGACCGAGAAACAGAGGGUUGCGAUGGCGGCCGGCGGAUUCCAGGCACCAAAUGCCAUGAUCCUUCUCGAGCAAGAAAAGAAGCAUGGGUCAAAGCAAAAUGGUACUCAGGUAAAUGGUGUCUCCGAUACUACUAGCGUCACCUCGGAGACCCAUGGCGCCGAGGAGGAAAUCCGUCGCGGGGCCGCUGUUGUGACACAGUCUACUUCAAAGGAAGGGCAAGCUGGACAAGAGUUUAUGCCCAGCUUGGAAGUCUACAGUACCAUCAAGCUUCUUUUCCAGAAGGAAGCCGAGAUUAUGAACCUUGUGUAUAGCUCUCGACCAACGCCAAAGGGGGCGACUCCGGUAACGGCGGACAUGUUUUUCAUCAAAAAUAUUUUGGUUCCGCCAAACAAGUACCGCCCGGCUGCCCCCCAGGGCCCUGGGGAGAUCUCCGAGGCUCAGCAGAACAUUCCGUUCAGCAAUAUCCUGAAGAACUGCGACCUCAUCAAUCAAAUCAGCAAGGAAAUGCAGAACGAAGCCGACAAGGCCCUCACUAGGGUGCGGAAUUACAGUGAUCUACUCCAGGCAAUGAUUCAACUACAGGAUACGGUCAACGGUCUGAUUGAUCGCGAGCGAACCGCGGUUACCGGGUCAGCCAUCGCUGGGCUCCCCAAUGGCAUCAAACAGCUUCUAGAGAAGAAGGAAGGACUGUUCCGAAAGAACAUGAUGGGCAAGCGUGUGAACUUUGCUGCCCGAAGUGUCAUUUCGCCAGACCCCAACAUCGAGACCAAUGAGAUCGGUGUUCCUCUUGUCUUCGCCAAGAAACUGACCUUUCCGGAGCCUGUGACGAACCACAAUUUCUUCGAGUUGAAAGAAGCAGUCAUCAAUGGUCCGGACAGGUACCCUGGUGCAGCGGCUAUCGAAAACGAGAAUGGACAGGUUAUCAACCUCAAGUUCAAGAGCUUAGACGAACGGACAGCACUUGCCAACCAACUUCUCGCGCCCUCAAACUGGCGGAUGAAGGGCUCGCGCAACAAGAAGGUUUACCGACAUCUUACGACUGGCGAUUAUGUCUUGAUGAACCGUCAGCCUACUCUGCACAAACCAUCCAUUAUGGGUCACAAAGCUCGUGUGCUUCCCAACGAGAGGACCAUUCGCAUGCACUACGCCAACUGCAAUACCUACAAUGCGGAUUUCGAUGGUGAUGAGAUGAACAUGCACUUCCCUCAGAACGAGCUUGCUCAGGCAGAAGCAAGGAUGCUUGCGGACGCAGAUCAUCAGUACCUCGUUGCUACCUCAGGCAAGCCACUCAGAGGUUUGAUUCAGGAUCACAUUUCGAUGGGAACGUGGUUAACGUGCCGGGACUCCUUUUUCGACGAAGAGGAUUACCAUCAGCUUUUGUAUAAUUGUUUAAGACCGGAGAACUCCCACAUCGUCACUGAUCGGAUCCAGCUCGUGGAGCCUGCGUUCCAAAAACCGAAAUAUCUCUGGACUGGCAAGCAGAUUAUCACGACAAUUCUCAAAAACAUCAAGCCUCCAGGGCGGGCAGGUCUUACGUUGAAGGGCAAGUCUUCGACUCCUGGUGAACGAUGGGGCGAGGGCAGUGAAGAAGGAAAUGUCAUCUUCGACGAUGGAGAGUUCCUGUGUGGUAUCCUCGAUAAGAAACAGCUUGGUCCGAGCGCUGGUGGUCUCAUUGAUGCUAUUCAUGAGAUCUACGGUCACACAGUUGCUGGAAAGCUGAUGAGUAUCCUGGGACGCCUUCUAACCCGGUUCUUGAACAUGCGAGCAUUCACUUGUGGCAUUGAUGAUCUGCGAUUGACCAAAGAGGGCGAUCGGGCUCGCAAGGAGCUGCUGAGCACGGCUGAGAAGAUGGGUCGUGAGGCUGCUCUGAAAUACGUGACCUUGGACCAGACUACUGUGACGGACGAGGAUGCUGAGCUCAAACGCCGCUUGGAAGAGGUCCUCCGCGACGAUGACAAGCAAAGUGGCUUGGAUAGCGUCUCGAACGCUCGAAACGGCCAACUGUCCUCGGAUAUCACCCGAGCCUGCUUGCCAGGCGGUCUCGCCAAAUCCUUCCCCUGGAACCAGAUGCAGUCGAUGACAAUUUCUGGAGCUAAGGGUUCAGGUGUCAACGCCAACCUGAUUUCCUGCAACCUCGGCCAGCAAGUUUUGGAAGGUCGUCGGGUACCCACCAUGAUUAGCGGUAAAACGCUGCCGUCAUUCAAGGCCUUCGAGACACACCCCAUGGCUGGUGGCUAUGUCUCUGGUCGUUUCUUGACUGGCAUCAAGCCCCAGGAAUACUAUUUCCACGCCAUGGCCGGCCGUGAGGGUCUGAUUGAUACUGCAGUCAAGACGUCCAGGUCGGGCUACCUGCAGCGUUGCUUGAUCAAGGGUAUGGAAGGAUUGAAGGCCGAAUACGACUCCUCCGUUCGCGAAGCUUCGGAUGGCUCCAUUGUCCAAUUCUUGUAUGGUGAAGACGGUCUUGAUAUCACCAAGCAGGUUCAUCUCAGAGAUUUCGAUUUCCUUGCCGCAAACUACCGCUCAAUUUCGCAACAAGUCCAAUCAGACCAUUUCCAAAGUCUGGCAAAGGAGGAGGUUACGGCCUGGCACAAGGACGCAAUGAAGGCUGUUCGCCGGUCUAACGAUCCCAAUGCUAUGGACACUGUGUUGUCUCGGUACCACCCUGGCGGAAACUUGGGCAGCACGUCUGAAGAUUUUGCUCAAGCACUCAAGAAGUAUACCGAUGACAACCCGGAUCAGCUCAUUAGGGACAAGAAAAACGACAUCGAGGGCAAAAUCUCCAAGAAAACUUUCGAUAAGUUGAUGAACAUGAAGUACCUGAAGUCCAUUAUUGAUCCAGGAGAGGCGGUUGGAAUCAUGGCUGGUCAGUCUGUCGGAGAGCCAUCGACGCAGAUGACCCUUAACACUUUCCAUUUGGCUGGUCACUCGGCAAAGAACGUGACACUUGGUAUUCCUCGACUCCGUGAAAUUGUUAUGACCGCCAGUGCUGCGAUCAUGACUCCGCAAAUGACGCUGCUUUUGAACGAUGGAAUUUCCCGGGAAGACUCGGAGAAGUUUGCCAAGGCAAUCAGCAAGCUCAGCGUCGCCGAAGUUGUCGACAAGGUGCAGGUUAGGGAAAGAAUCGCUUCCGGUAUUGGUCACACGACAGCCAAGGUUUAUGAUAUCGAGGUCAACUUCUUCCCGAGCGAGGAAUACACCAAGGAAUACGCCAUUCAGGUCAGAGAUGUGCAGAACGCCUUGCAGACCAAGUUUAUCCCCCGGUUGGUCAAGUUGACUCGCAACGAGCUGAAGAAGCGGAAAGACGAGAAGACGAUGAAGAGCCACUCAACCGCUCAGCCUGAAAUUGGUGUUUCGAUUGGCACGAUCUCCGAGGGACCGAGAGGCCCGGAUCGUGAGAUUGAGCCUGCUGAUGAAGACAACGAGGACGAUGAAGAUGAUGCCAAGCGAGCACGCGGAGCCCAAAACCGGGACAACCAGGUUUCCUACGAAGGGCCUGACGAGGACGAGGAGGCCAUCAUCAGACGUCAGAACUCCCCCGAGGUGGAUGAUGACUUCGAUGCUGAUCAUCCCGUCCGGACCACUGGCGACGUGGACAUGGACGACGAUUCCGACUCUGACUCCGAUUCGGAUGACGAGGGCGCCCAGGACAGCAAGGCGCGUGAGAACGACGUCAAGGAGAAGUUUGAAGAGGUCACUAAAUUCAAGUUCGACCACAAGACAGGCGCGACGUGCACCGUUCAGCUGCAGUACGACGUCUCGACCCCGAAACUCCUUCUCCUUCCCAUUGUCGAAAAGGCCGUCCACGAAGCCGUGAUCCAGUCUAUUCCCCGCCUUGGAAACUGCGUCUACGUCGAAGCAGACGAGAUCAAGAAAGAGCCUGCUACUGUUGUCACCGAGGGCGUUAACCUGCUCGCCAUGCGCGCCUACCAGGACAUCAUCAAGCCCCACUCAAUCUACACCAACUCCAUCCAUGACAUGCUCAACCUGUACGGUGUCGAAGCCGCACGCGCCACCAUCGUCCGCGAAAUGGAUGCCGUUUUCAAGGGCCACAGUAUCAGCGUGGAUAACCGCCAUCUGAACCUGAUCGGCGACGUGAUGACCCAGUCCGGCGGAUUCCGUGCCUUCAGCCGUAAUGGCCUGGUCAAGGAUUCUGCGUCACCCUUUGCGAGAGCCAGUUUUGAGACCACCGUUGGCGCCCUGAGAGAUGCCGUACUCGAGAGAGACAUGGAUAACCUCAAGAGUCCUAGCAGCAGAAUUGUUGUUGGCCGCUCCGGUACCGUUGGAACCGGCUCUUUCGACAUCCUUGCUCCAGUUGCAUAA